GAGAGAGAGAGAGAGAGAGAGGGAGAGGGAGGGCAGGAAAAGGAGGCUGGUGGAUAUUAGGCUCUGUUGCAUCUCGAAGAAUUCAGCCACAGGACAGGCAUGAUUUCUCCCGCGCGGCGUGGACUGCGGCGUCUCUGGCGGUCGGGUGCCUUUGUAUCCGUGUCUGCGGCGAGGGAGCGCGUCUGCCGCUCUGCCUGAAGAGGGGGGAGGACCCGGGGGGGGGGAGAGACUCCACUAAAAUAACGCCACCGGCUUUUUCCACUCGCUUACCUUUCUCCAGCGCUCCACCUUCGGACCGGCGUCGACUGCAUCCCUUAAAAAAAUAACAACGGAUUCUUCAUUCGUCACCUCUCUCGCUCUCGAAGGGACACGUGGACCGUGGGGUUUUUUUUUUCGUGUAAUGGCCGCGUUAUGAUUUAUUCAUCCUGAGUGGCCGAGGCAGGAUUGAUCACCCGCCAGCGCGGAGCCCCCUCGCCAUCGUUAAAAAAGCGGGAGAGGGGAGAGAGGAGAGGUGGAGCGCGUCUGUCCCCCUCGCACCUGCCACGUCUGCUCCCCGUCAUCUUCCCCGACCGCGGGUCCGCACGCAGGAGGAAUGAUCUCUCCCUUCUCUCGCCGGUUCUGACUUCCCUCGUUUUUUUUUGUUGUUGGGGGAGCGCCUUUUCGAUAUCUACGUGCGGACGUACCUUUCACCUGUCCCUUCCUCCUCUCUCUCUUCCCUCUCUCCCCCUGUUCUCUUCUCCUCUCAGACUGCACCUGUCAAACCCCCUUUUAAUUUCUGGCAGGGUGUUUAAAAAAAAAAAGGGGGGUUCGGUAGAGUCAAGGAAAAGCGUUUUCGCACGUAUCGGCACGCACGUCGUAAAAAGGCAGAGGGGUGGGGGCGGGGGCGUGGUCUCGGCCGUACACCUGUCCGAAUUUUUAAAAACGCGCCGGGACCGGCGUUCGCACGCGCGUCCACGCACGUGUCCGUACGCAGACGGUCUGCGUGCACAGCCCGGCGUCGAUUGCAGGGCGAGAGAGGGUGUGUCUGCGAGCGCGGGGUCGCGGGUUUGAGAUCUGUGGGGCGUGGUACGCAUCAUCACGACCGCGCCGGACGCCCGCCUGCUUUAAAAUACGGAGGGGAGAGUUCUGAGGAAGGACUACUUUAACGCCUAUCAGCUGGAGAGGUGAGAGAGCUUUCAUUUGCUUUGCUCCGUGGCUGAAGACAGACGCUUUCACAAAUGAGUCUGACUGAAGGAUUAGAGGUGCACUCUACACUUUAGACAAAAAAAACAAGGUGAGAGACAGAAAGAGAGAGAGAGAGAGAGAGAGAACUGAAAAUACAUAACCAUUCAUCACAUGUUCAUCUAAUAGAGAACAGCACAUGUAACGCGACAGAAAAUAUAGGAGAAGAGAAGGCGUGAGAUAAUUAUCACAAUGUUGAUAUGAAAUCAGGUGGCAGUUGUCCUCCUAUCCAGACACGGGCGUGGUACUCAACAGGCUGACGGGCUGAAACCGGUCCUGUACACACGUUAACGACAGAAAUGAAAAGGACCAGCUGAAACAUAGAGGACAGAUAUAAACAGACGUCUUUAAACUGUAAAACACAGUAUUUCAAAGUUCAGUCUGACAGCACCGAACAAGCAAGUAUCAAACAAAGAAUUAAAAGAGAAUUAAAAUAAAUUAAUUCAUAGUUAAUUGAUUAACGUGUGACUAAAGCGUGACUAAAUUUACCGAAGUGUGACUUGAACAGUGAAGUAUCUGGAUUCACAAAAGAGGCCUUUGGUUGUAUGAAGACUUCAGAGAAGUGGUAAUUGAUUUGCAUUAAAGUGGUUAUGCUAUUGUGCUGGGGAUACCUACGGCACAAAAACAGGAUUUGAAUCCUUAAAACACCACAGAGGCUUGGCUAGACAGUAGGACGGAUGGUCAGAUCGGAGGUAAAUGAAACAGCUGGUGCUAUUUCACACUCAGCUGCUGUGUCCCGGUCAACCUGUUUGUGUGAAAUACGCCCCACUGACCCAUACAGCCCCACCGUGGCUAAAUCUGCUUAUUAAAACAAGCGGACUGUACAGAAGGACACUAGCCCACUGCCUGUGAGGGUGACACACGCAUCGCUGGAUAGCGCGGUGAACAUUUGGCCGUGUUCAGUUAUACACUGUUCUCUUCUCAAACUACUUUGUUAAAAAAAAAAAAAGAAACAGCCCACGGGAUUGUGGGUAUUAUUCAGGCCUGACAGACAGGAAGGAAGGAAUCGACACCUGAGGUUUAAAGGGUAAAAUCGGGUGUUUACAGAGCACACUGAUAUCCAGUUAUAGACAUAGGAGCCAGGCACCUGUGAAAUACAGCCUGGACUGUGUACUCUGAGGGAGGAGAGGAUUAGCCCCCCUCCCCCCCCCCCAGGGGGCACUCCGGGAAUCUCCUCGUAAACGUCAGAUCCGCGGGAGAGAAGCGGAAGGAUCUCGGGUGCGAUAAAGCGCUUACUCACACUUCUGUGAUCCGCAGGGCUUUGGACCUGGAGCCGAGCAGAGCUGUCAGAGAAAAAUGAUGUUUUAGACCAAUAAAAUAAAGGGGGCUGUUUUAGAGGGAUAAAAAGGGAAAAAAGGGAGUUGGGAGAUGAAGAGGACCAAAGCAUGAGGAGAGGGAUCCAGGCAGGAACAGAAUUCUUUUCUUUCUCUCAAAAACGACGACUCACACAGCACAGAUUCUGUAAGCUGUCAGGAACGAACUAAGCCUCCAGCAGUAAAUGGAGACGCGGAGUGAGAGAGCACCUGUGGCAGGUACGUCUGCACCAACGCAGGUAGAAUCAGAGCGCUGAGAACUGGAAAUGACUGAGAUGCCAGUCUAUCAGAAUAUGUAAACAGACAACUGUUGAUCAAGCGAGAGAGUUUGUCAAGUAGGUGACCAAUAAAAGUUGAAUUAAACACAAUCAGAGAAUUUAGCACAGCACCAGGAAAACACUUGAAUACAACAGCAGACCAGAAUGUAAAAAAAAACAGGAAAUACAUAAAGCACACAUGCACAGAAAAAACAACAUUACAGUAGUUCUGUUCAUAUUUUGAAGGGACCGUUCCCAGAUGAACGUUAUUGUAGCUGAGCUGUUAGUGUAAGCCGUGGUACUGAGUAGAUUUUAGGUCUAAAAGCAGAAAGCUCCGUGAAUAUCUCUCUUACCUAAUGCCUUGGAGAGAAGAGGAGAGCAGUAGGCUUGUGGCAGCGAUCUUUGCUCAUCUUUCCCUUACCUGACCACAGGUACCCCACCCCUCAUCCGCCCCCCCCUCCCCUUUCCCCUGUCCCCCUCCCAUGUGCACCUGACCAUCACUGGACACCUGUGCACACGUAAAGAUGAAUUCACCUGCAAAAGCUGCUCAUUCAUUGAGCUAUGACUUCUGCUAGCCUUCCUGAACAGGCCGAAGCCAUUCUUUUUCGUGUCAGUCAGCGGAAAGUUCUCUGAAGCAGCAGAAAGCUUCACCUGAACUCCAAUAGGAACAGAGAGAGGCGGUCGGAGAGAGCAGGAGGGCGACGAUCGGCACCGCCAUGCGCAACUCAGCGAUCUUGCCGCCCGCUUUGGACGAGAGGGUUUUUCGUGCAAACGAUCUGACUUCCCGCUUUAAAAUUUGGGAUUGCCGUCGGGUUCCGAGCCUCCCAGUCUGACUGAAGAGGAGGAGAGGGACUCGGAAGGAGUGGAAAGCUGCAGGAGGAAGCGCUCGCACCUGCGCCAGGGUCCAUCCCUCCCAGCCAAAACAGGGACCCGCGCUGUCCCGUCUGAGGGGGCGGGAUCAGUAUUCCUCAACGCUGCCUGGGGUUCUGUCCCGUCUGAGGAUCGGGAUUGGCGCUUGCUCACCCCCUGCCUGGGGUUCUGUCCCGUCCGACAGGGGGCGGGACCGGCGCUCGCUCACCCCCCUGCCCAAUAAAGUGACAGGGGGGAGUACAGGAAAGGGAUUUGGCUGCUCUAGACUGCACUGGAUCUCCGUCGCCAUGGGGUGCAACAUGUGCGUGGUGCAGAAACCGGAGGAGCAGUACAGGGUCAUGUUCCAGAAGGGUCACAUAAGUAAAAUGCUGUACUCUGUUGAUGCGGAAGGUCGAAUGAAGGUGAAUGGGAAGGAGCUGUCCCGGCUCUCUCAGGAGCAGGCCCUCGAGGCCCUCCGCUCGUCCCGGGACCCCCUGCUCACCCAGGUCCUCCGCAGGGGCCCCAGGAAGAAGGCGGGGGCCGGUGGGGUGGCGGUGGCCGCCCUGACGGCGGGCGGGGGGGCCGGCGGCUGCGUGGACAGCGGGACCCAGACGGACAUCAGCUUCCAGCACAUCCUCACCCUGGGCAAGCUGCCCCAGCCCCGCGGGGCCCCGCCCCCUCCUCCUCCUCCGCCCUCCUCCCCGCCCCUGCCGCCCAUCCUGGAGCCGUACGUGCUGAACGAGCUCCCCCCGAUAGACCACGAGUACUACGACCCUAACGACUACUUCGACAUCUCCCAACACGAGGUGGACAGGCAGGACGAGAUGGAGUACGAGGAGGUGGAGUUGUACAAGCCCCACCAGCAGGAUAAGCUGGGCUUGACAGUUUGCUAUCGCACGGAUGACGAAGAGGACCUUGGCAUAUACGUGGGAGAGGUCAACCCCAACAGCAUAGCAGCCAAAGAUGGCCGUAUCCGGGAGGGGGACCGAAUACUGCAGAUUAACGGAGUGGACAUACAGAACCGGGAGGAGGCGGUGGCCAUCUUGACCCGGGAGGACAGCACCAACAUCUCGCUGCUCCUGGCCCGGCCCGACAUAGAGAAUGAGAACCAGCUGGACCCCGACGAGCUGGACCUGGAGCUGCAGGUGGGCCUGGGGCUCGGCACCCUGGACAACGCCCCCCACCUGCCCAGCACGCCCCCGCAGAGGGGCGCGGGGCAGGGCGGGGCACCGGAGAGGCGGGGCCGGCCCGCGUGCAGGGACCACCCGCCCUCCCUCCGGCACACGGUCCUCAGCAACAGCCAGGAGCUGGACAGCGGCGUGGGGCGCACGGACGAGAGCACCCGAAACGAGGAGUCCUCGGAGCACGACCUCCUGGGGGACGACCAGACCAGCGCCUCCAACACCCCGGGGAGCAUGCGCAAGUUUCGGCCGGGCCGGGGGGACACCCCGCCCCUGCUCCACUCCCACGACUUCCACUUCAGCUCCGACUCCCUGCUGGGGCUGGACUGCGGGGGCGGGGGCGGAGGCGGGGCGCUGGGGGACCGGUACGUCCCGGACCCCGUGAUGAUGAUGAUGCCGGGGCUCACCGAGGAAGAGUGCGAGCGGUACCGGGAGCUCCUGGAGAUCAAGUGCUACUACGAGAAGAACGGGAACGCGCUGCUCACCCUGGGGGCGGAGCGGGACAGGGAGAGGGGGCGGGGCGGGGGGCGGGUCCCCCUGGACAUGAACCGAAACGAGAGCCUGAUGCAGCACGAGAUGGCGCUGCUGGAGGAGGAGCUGCGCCACCUGGAGUUCAAGUGCCGCAACAUCCUGCGGGCGCAGAAGAUGCAGCAGCUGCGCGAGCGCUGCAUGAAGGCCUGGCCCCUGGAGGAGGAGGAGGCGGCGGGGCGGGCGGGGCCGGGGGGGGGGCCGGCCGAGGACCCCUCCCACCACGAGCUGUCGGACAUCACGGAGCUCCCGGAGAGGGAGCGCUCGGACAAGGACAGCACCAGCGCCUACAACACGGGGGGGGAGAGCUGCAGGAGCACGCCGCUGGCGAGCGAGCAGUUCCCCCCCAGCUCCCCGCACGGGGGGGACGACUCCAGCGCCUCGGCCACCCUGCGGCCCCGCACCCCGAGCCGGCACCGGGACAGGGGCCAGGCCAGCCCCGCCCGCCCCUACUCCCCGAGCGCCGGCCGCAAGUGCGAGGAGGGAGGCGGCGGCAGCGGGCGCACCAGCCCGGCCGCCAAGUUCCGCUCCCUGUCCCGGGACGGGGCGGCCCGGAGGGGGUCGGAGGGGGCCGCGAGGAGGAGCCCCAAGAGCGGCGGGACGCUGGACCGGGGGGGCGGGCGCAGCGCCGAGACCAGCCCCUACUUCUCCCGCCGCCACCGGCUGGCCAAGCUGCCCGAGCGCUACCAGAGCUGCAUGCAGCUGAGGUCCGCCUCCGCCGCCGAGGGCCCCGCCCCCGCGGACUGCGCCCAGGAGAGAGGAGCCGGGGGCGAGACCAGCGGAGACCUGAGCCCCAUGAGCGUGGGCAGCUCCCUCCACCCGGCCGGGGGCCAGAGGCCCGACCCGCCCCCGCCCCCGCACCCGCCCCCGCACCCGGGGCCCCUCCUCCUGCCGCCGCCGUCGCCCGCCUCCCCGCGGAUGGAGUGGAAGGUGAAGGUGCGCAGCGACGGCUCGCGCUACGUGGCCAAGCGGCCCGUGCGCGACCGCCUCCUGAAGGCGCGCGCCAUGAAGAUCCGCGAGGAGCGCAGCGGCAUGACCACGGACGACGACGCCGUCAGCGAGAUGAAGAUGGGCCGCUACUGGAGCAAGGAGGAGCGCAAGCAGCAGCUGAUGCGCGCGCGCGAGCACCGCCGCCGCCGCGAGUUCAUGAUGCAGAGCCGCCUGGACUGCCUGCGCGAGCAGCAGGGCGCCGACGGCCGGGGCGGCGAGCGGCAGCAGGGGGCGCCGCAGGAGGCCAGCAUCCUGGAGCUCAGCCAGCGCAAGAGCAUGAAGAAGAGGAGCCGGCGCAUCCUGGACAACUGGAUCACCAUCCAGGAGCUGCUGGCCCACGGCACCCGCUCGCCGGACGGGAAGAAGGUCUACAACCCCCUGCUGUCAGUCACUACCGUCUGAGGGGUGGG